UUAUUGCAAAUAGUAUGAAAUAACAAAACGCAUGUUUACUAUCACGUUUGACAUUUGACAACUAACAGUAACAUCGUGUGAGGUUAUUUUUUGAAUUUAACAACAGUUUUAAAAUCGAAAUGGGUGAACUCACAGCAAGUAAUAUGUUCGAAUCAGAAACUAUAUGCGCCGACCAUAAGGACCUUAUCCACGAUGUGGCAUAUGAUUUCUAUGGGGAACGAAUGGCUACAUGCUCCAGCGACCAGUAUGUUAAAGUGUGGGAUUCCGAUGGUCGUGGUGGCUGGAGAUUAUCUGCCAGCUGGAAGGCUCAUCACGGUUCAGUGUGGAAGGUGACGUGGGCCCAUCCAGAGUUUGGUCAGGUUAUAGCUACAUGUUCAUUUGAUCGGACUGCAGCAAUUUGGGAAGAAGUUGGUGAUGCAGCUUCUUCAGGGUCCGAGAAAGGUUUGCACACAUGGCUGAAGAGGUCCAACUUGGUGGACUCGCGGACCUCAGUCACAGAUGUAAAAUUUGGACCCAAACAUUUAGGUCUCUUACUGGUCACAUGCUCAGCUGACGGUAUUAUAAGGAUAUAUGAAGCCCCAGAUGUGAUGAAUCUAGCUCAGUGGACCUUGCAGCAUGAGAUACCGACAAAAGUGUCCAUCAGCUGUCUCUCAUGGAACCCUUCAUUAUCCAGAGUGGGCAACCCCCCAAUGUUGGCAGUUGGGAGUGACGAGCCUAAUACCAGUAAUGCCGUGGCCAAUGUGCCCAGCGACAAGGGAACAGCAUGUAAUGGAAAAGUUUUUAUAUAUGAGUACAGUGAGACAUCGCGCCGCUGGACGCGGACAGAAUGUCUCUCGUCAGUGCAGGAGCCUGUCAAUGACAUAGCGUUCGCGCCCAACCUCGGCCGCUCGUUCCACCUACUCGCCGUAGCCACCAAGGACGUCAGGAUCAUCAAGCUGGAGCCGCUGGCUGAGGCGGCGGCGUCGUCCAACGGCGGCGGCGCGGGCCCGGUGCGGUUCAAGGCGGAGGUGCUCGCCGCCUUCGACGAGCACUACUCGUGCGUGUGGCGCGUGUCCUGGAACGUCACCGGCUCCCUGCUCGCCUCCUCCGGGGACGACAGCUGCGUCAGGCUUUGGAAGAUGCAAUACCUAAAUCAGUGGAAGUGUGUAGCGGUGUUCAAGAACGAGUCUGUUGCGGGUGAUUCGCCCUCACUUGCGCGUACGCACACCGCGUACAUGCGCAUGGCGGCCAUGGCCAACCCCACGCACAUGCCGUUCCACUGACACCGACGCACCGGCUCCUGGACCCCCGGGCACGUAGGUACGAAGUAACCCUCCAUGCGACAGGAGCCGUUGUGUGUUCAUAAGACUCGAGUGUACCCUAAUGUUCAGUAAAAUACCAUCGGGUUUCCAAGAGGCUUCAUUCUGGCUGACUAAUUAUAAGUAUGUUAUUUAACACUAAUAAAUUAAUCUAAAGUUGUAGAGGUUUGUGGUCAUCUUCCCUUCAUUUUUUUGACUUCAACCAUGCAGUCCACUCGCCUCCAUAGCUUUUAAUCUUUCAAUCAGUCGAACAAUCGAAACAGACUACAUACAUAAUAUAUUAAACCUUAUAUCUGUGAACAAAAAAUUUAGUUUUUUUUACUGAGUGUGCAGACUCGUUCAGCCCUGAUGGUAUAAUUUACGUAAAGUGUAAUAAUUUACCUUGGAUAAGAAUUUGUAUUUUGUUAUAAUAUUCAGUCGUGUAAUCAAUAACGAUUCAUAUAAAUAACAAGAAAAUUUAAGUCCAAAAAAAAACAAAAUGUAUGGCAAAAAUUUACGUCAUAGUAGUUGCUAGAAAUAUUAUAUAUUUUAGGAAAAAUCAUCUUACCGCCUCCGCUAUUGUUACUGAGGUAGUCAUGUAUCGAGUUAAAAAUUGUAAUAAAGUUAGUUAUAAGAUAUUAUCCUGUUAUUAUUUCAUAAAACAAAUGUGUUAAAGGCCAGUCUGAAGUUAGUAGUGUAAUCAAACUCUCUUUGGGUUCGAUUGUGACUAAUUUCAGAUGUCAGAGCCUGGUAAUAAAUCGAUAUUGCGAUUUCUAUGUCAAGCUAUUGUAAAUCGAUUUUAAAAUCGAUAAGGUAUGGUUUUAUAUGAUUAUUGUAAAUCGUCUGGCGGCACAGUAUGAGCGAACAUACAGCCGACAACUACAUCAUGCCAAGUUUAGACUAGCAAGGUCUUGCAGCAAUAUAUUCAAGAAUUUCCAGUAGUUUUAUACACUUGAGACUUGCCAUAAGUCUUACAAUCUUCAAAAUUUGCAGAAGUUUACUUGCUAUGAUUGUUGCACGAGUUUUAAGCCGACUUCUGCAAGUUUUUUUGCUAAUCUUAACUUCGCUGUAAUAGGCUGUUUCGAGUGAAUCAUGAAACGCGUUCCUGUGGUUUUGGCUGAGGAGGGUGAGAAGUCUUAGACCCUCAAGAUGUUCCUUCAUACCGUCAGUUUGUAGACCAAAUACCGCCAAUGUGAAAGACUUCGUUCACGUAUUGUAAUAAACGUUUUCAUUAUUAAAAUAUA